AUGAUAGAAAAAGAAGAAGAACUUCAUUGUUCUUUAAAGCAUAAGAUUCCAAUCCUUAUGGUUGCUUUUGAUACAACUUUAAAGAGGAAUGAGAGAAUUUUAUGCUGUUAAUGCAUGGAAAAUCUUGGAUCAAAAGCCCAAUUAAUGAGUUUCAAAAAGUUUGUAGUGAUUAUAGAGGAAAAUCAAAAAUUAAAGUAUGAAUCAGUUGAGAAUGUGAUAAUGAUCAGAAUCAAAAGAAUUGAAGAACUUAACAAAAUCUUUUUCAUUAAAAUCUGA